AUGGCGAUGAACGGUGGUAGCUUGGAGGACUGCUUCUCCAACGUCUACGCCUUGACGGAAUUGAACGGUCUGAAAUGGCGGUGUUUUUUAACUCCAUCAAAUUCACCUCGUGGUGUUCCCAUCCAGUGCGAUCCCAUUCUGAAAGCAUACGGGAAAUGCUUGCGGGACGGGUUGCUUUGCACUUGGCGGCGAAAACCAUUGCAAAUGUCCUCACAACCAGAACCACUUCCUUUGCCAUCGUUCACAAAUGAAAUUUCCAAGGAGCUUUGGUUGUUCUGGUAUUCAAAUGAACCUCCGGAGAAACUCUCUGUUAACACUUCACAUCUCGAUGCGGACGAGAACGGGGUCGGCACGGCUGCAAACGGGAUAAAUUAUGAGGUGCGAGUGUUGCUGUUUCAAGCGCUGCACACGAUGAUUGAGCGAAGUAUGGCCCGUGACGGAUUUGUUCGCUUUGGCAGGUGGUUUACUCGACCACUGCGUGAGCCUCUUCCUGGGCGACAACAUCUCCUUCCGCGUUACAUCUUGGCCACCAAUGUUCAAUUCUUUGUUCACGGAGGUAAUACGGUUUGCAUGACGGUAAACGCCCAGCGACAACCUCCGUUACUACGGCUGUCGAAGCGACAUCUUGAGAGCGGACAAAGAGUGCAGGUAGUUGUUGGGCCUUGGUCACUUCAUGCUGUUCUCUUGCCGCGAGGUAGUGAGGUGGGACGAAAUCAACCUAGUGCUGAGAAACAAUGGGAAGAAUGGCGAGAAUUUGUUGCGCCUUUGGUGCGAGAUUUUGACGACACCGAAGAGGAAAAUCAGGAGGAGGGAAUUCCGCGAAUGGUACCUGUUGAAAUAGAUGGUAUUCGAAUGUUAUACCCAUCUUGUUAUGUUUGCGUAACUAUGGAAGAUGACGCUGCUUGCUCCAAGGAGGAACCAGGUGCUCCUGCAAUGACUCCUGAUGAACUUCUAGCCCCCGAAAAUGGUCGUCGUAAUCAGCUACUCGUUUCGAAUGCAAAUGGACAUUCUUAUAUGCAAGGGGUCUUACAAAAUGCUUAUCUCGCUCCGUCUCGUUCACAGCCGCCUGUUCCUCCCCCACAAGUUGGGCCGUUUCAGGCCCCAUUCCCUCCUCCGUCAGAUGACGAUACGAGGUGGAAUUUUGUGGAUAUAAGCAAAAGUGACUCCUGUUCUUGCGACAACUGUACACGACAACCCUCUGAGGAAUACCUGGCUUCUCUCGAACGUGAACCUGUCGUCGAUUGCCCACUUGCUGCUCCUAUUAAAGUUGCAUCGAGACCUGGAAUGGUGAAAACGAAUCCACUGUAUACGGUUAUGAAGAGGCAAAGCAAGCGUCGUACCAAGCAUUCCUACCAUCGCCGGUUUCCAGUGAAUGCUGACCCAGUGGAUGACAAUAUCUCUCCAAGCGAAUCAGUAGGAAGUGAGCAGGACUCAUCUGAUGACGAGAUUAGCGGCACACCCGCCUGGGCUGACACAAACAAGCAGAGCCUUGUUACCGGCAUCUAUUGCAGUGCCGACGAUGCAAGUUACCAUUUUGGUGUAGCAACGCCGUGCAACUCAAGCGAUGACGAAAACCUCGCCUGCAGUCCGUUCACACCGAUAAAGGUGGUUUCGCCUUGUACCAAUUGUGCGUGGCCCAGUGCUCCAGCUGACCAGAUUCCGGAAGCUGUUUUCAACCAAAUUUUUCAGCCCAGCAGCACAUCUCGUGUUCCCCCGACUGCAAGUCAAGAGGAACGUCAGCGCGACUACAACUGCUAUUAUAAUCCCACAAUGCGGGAAGACCCGUACUAUAUGUCUUAUCACAGUAGAAGGACUGGUGAAAAGCGUCGCUGUAAUUAUCCUCCCAGCAUCAAGUUACCAGUUAGCCCUGAGCAGCCAGGAAGCCAAGAAACUAUUCCUGCUACAACAUCACCGCCACCCGAAAUGGAUGAACAUCGUCGACGUGCUCCGGAAGCGGAUCCAAGCAUCACAAUGGCUAAAACCGUGACCGAUUUGGAUUUGAAAAAUAGGCCUGAUGUACAAGUACCCUCGAAAAAGCGAACGAGAAAGAAAGGGCAGAAGGUGGAGUGGCCCGAUUUGGACUCGCUCGACAUGGCUUUGCUGUCUACAACUAUUGGGGAAGAAAUGGAAGCGAGGGUAUCGCCCUAUGCUGGUCGCAUUACUCCCACAUGUGAAACCGAUUCGGAACUGGAUUUCGAGGAACCUUCAUGUUCUUCUGAUGGUGACGAGACAAGAGCUAUAGGCGAAGGCCCUUCGGGACUAAGCCAUUCACCAGGCCUCGUGGAGACUCACCUUAUGCGAUCUUCUGACGAGGCUAUGGAGGUAGACGAAGCUGUGGUAGGUGGGCCAACAGAUAGCAUGAAUUUGCUGUCACCUCCCGCGAGCAAUGAAAGACCGGAUGUUUGUGCUGCCAUGUCGAUAAAUUAUGGGGCAUGGCCACGAAUAGGUGGACCGCCAUCAUGUGGUGAUCCCUCGAUGAACCAUAUUUAUCCAACGCCUCCCAGUGUUCAGUCUGAAGCGCAACAGUUUAGCCCUGCUCCAAUGCUGCCACCACAUCAACAGCAUGUUAUGCAACAUCAGCUUACACAGGCGCAACAUGCAGGUGUAAUGGAUACUGGAGUACACACGCUGUCAGGUCCUCAAAUGUCGGCAUCAAAUCAGCGUGUGGCACCCUCAUCGCAAGCUGAAGAACCGAAACCGAACAUCAAGGAGGUGAAGGAGGAUUAUUUUGAAGAGAAUGUCGAUCCUGAAGAUGAUAUCAUUGAUCUCGUACCCCUGGAAAGCAAGAUGGGCAAACUCUUGAAACGUGUUGAAUUACUUCCUGUAAGCGGUCAUCUCCGGAAAAGGCUUGUCCCAUCGUCAACACGAUUCAGUCCAGCAGCAGAUGUUCGGGUGUUAUGCGCCACUCUGUCAAGUCGUCGCGCUCCUUUGCAUAUGCCUCCUGACUAUCAGAAACUCGUACGGCUGAUGGAGAAACGCGUUCCAAAACACUCGGAGUCGCUCUACACCUCGCAGUUUUCGUCAUCCGUUCAAUCUGCUGCUUCAUCGCAUAUUAACCCCGUAACUGUGACAGCGUUUUCGAAUGCAAACAAUUACAAACCCACGUUUGGACCGAUACCGGGUGGGAUGACACCAAAUACUCCGCACAUGCAGAUGCCGUCAAUGCAACCCCCGCAAUCACAUCAUAUUCAACAGUUUCCAGCAUCUCAGAUUCGCACUCCGCCAAUGAUGGGUGGUCGAAUGGGAACACCAGUAGGAACAGGUCCAGGGCCUAUCGGUCCACCAUAUGCUCCUACUUCUGGUCCUUAUGGUGCCAUGAUGCCACCACCGAACUCAGUUCAGCAGCUGAACAAUUUCGUUCAUGGCCCAAUGUUCAAUGCUGGAAAUGGACAGAUGAAUCCACAUCAUCCUAUGGGGAACAUGUCAAUGGGACAACCUAUGGGCCAACCAAUGUACACUGGCGGUCCCGGACAAAUGCCGAUGAUGCCAUCCUGCCCUACAAGUGGGUACGGAGUGCCACCUAUGAUGGGUGGAUAUGGGCCUUCAGCAUCAAACAUGAUGGGUGCUCCUCAUCCGAACGCGCCACCCGCUUAUCCUGGAGCCCCUGGUCCGCCUCCUGCAUAUGGCUCAAUGAAUCAGAUGCAGCCGAUUCAACCACCGCACAUGCGACAAAUGCAAAUGAUGCAGCAGGACACCAUUCUUGAUCUUCACUUUGACUCCGUCUUUGACGCAUGCCCUAUUUGCUCCUGUAAUACUUCAAUUCGCGCAAGGGAACUGGGUUUGUACAUCACUCCACCGGAUGUACUACGAAUGCCUGCUCAUGUGCAGCAAGCUCAGAUCGGCUCAUGGAGUGGAUUUGCCUUGGAACAAGCAAAUAUUUGCACAUGUGGAUUU